CUCGCGACUUCGGUGUACUGACAGACGCAAUGUAGAAACUACUCCUACGUCGCCGGCCAUCCGAUGAAGCCCCACAGAAUACGAAUGACCCAUAGCCUCAUCAUGAACUACGGUCUUUACAAGAAAAUGGAAAUCUACAGAGCGAAACCUGCGACGAAAGCCGAGAUGUGUCAAUUCCACACCGAUGAAUACAUCGAGUUCCUCUCCAAGGUUACGCCGGACAACAUGGAAAAUUUCGCCAAAGAGCAAGGCAAAUACAACGUCGGCGACGACUGCCCCGUCUUCGACGGUCUUUUCGAAUUUUGCGGUAUCUCUGGUGGCGGCAGUAUGGAGGGUGCUGCGCGUUUGAACCGUGGCAAGUGCGACAUUGCGAUCAAUUGGGCUGGUGGUCUCCAUCAUGCCAAGAAAAGCGAAGCUUCUGGAUUUUGUUACUUGAACGAUAUCGUACUUGGCAUCAUCGAACUACUUCGGUACAAGCAGCGUGUGCUGUAUAUCGAUAUCGAUGUUCAUCAUGGUGACGGUGUCGAGGAGGCCUUUUACACCACAGACAGAGUCAUGACCUGUUCCUUCCACAAAUAUGGAGAGUACUUUCCUGGUACUGGAGAGCUUAGGGAUAUCGGUGUCGGUGCUGGCAAGUACUAUGCCGUGAAUUUCCCUCUUAGAGAUGGUAUCACGGACGAGACCUACAAGUCGGUUUUUGAACCUGUCAUCAACCAUGUCAUGGAAUUCUACCGCCCAGAGGCUGUCGUGCUCCAAUGCGGUGCCGACUCGUUAUCUGGCGACAGGCUAGGAUGUUUCAACCUGAGUAUGAAGGGACAUGCCAACUGUGUCGAAUUCGUCAAGAAGUUCGGUCUUCCCACAUUAGUCCUCGGUGGAGGCGGUUACACCAUGCGAAACGUUAGCAGAGCUUGGUGCUACGAGACUGGUGUCCUGGUCGGCCAAAAAGUGGGCCCUGAUUUGCCUUACAGCGACUUCUACGAAUACUUCGGUCCCGAUUACGAGUUGGAUGUCCGACCUUCGAACAUGGAGAACCUCAACUCCCGAGAGUAUCUUGAAAAGAUCAAGACGCAGGUUCUCUCCAAUCUGGAACGCACACGCCACGCUCCAUCGGUCCAGAUGUCGGACGUCGGCAGGGGAACAACCGAGCACCAAGAGGAGCAAGACGCUAUCCUGGACGAUCUUGACGCAGACACCACUGGAAUGGAUCAACGCCAGACGCAACGUCAAUGGGAGAGAAGGAUCGACAAAGAUAAUGAGCUUUCAGAUUCCGAGGACGAGGGCAUGGGCGACGCCAUCGGCGUCCGGCGAGAAAACAACGGAAAGAAGCGACGAAGGAACGAGCGUAACUACAAAGAGACCAACGCCAGUGGCACCGGGUCUGGAGUCGCUACACCACAACUUGGGGCCAGCGCAUCCACCAGUGAUGCCGGUGCCCCUGUGGUAACGAAAAUCCCAGGUUAUAAUGGCGAGGACGAUGAAGAACUCGAAGCGUUGGCACGUCAGCAGGACGGAGAUAUCGACAUGGACGAUGAGCCUACUCACCCCGAGAAGCGGUUAAAGGCCAAAUCCGACGACGAGGAUAUGAUGGACGUCGAGCCGACUAGCAAGCCCGGUGACAAAUCACAGAAGCCCGGAGCCGCUGACGAUGCCGUGGCAACCACUCCUGCGGUGGGUUCGGAGCCAAGCGCGGUGGCAGUGGCAACACCUGCACCAAGCCUACUAGAUGCUCCGGAAAAGCCCACAAGCCCCAACAUUGCUCCAGCAGGUGUUAAAACAGGCGAAGGAGCGACGGAGAAACCAGAGGGAAAGCCGUAAUGUGGAGCACUUGAUGUUUUCUUUGAUUUUUUUUUCUUUUUAUGCAGAGUGGUUAGGCAAUUUCAUGUUUCAUUGCCAUGUUUCCGUUGUUUCGGUUCCAUUUUCCCUUCCACCUUGCUUCGCGUUGCCACUUUAUGUAUAUUCCAUCCCAAUUAACCGUUAUGCCGUGUGAUUUAUCUACAUAUAUCCGAGGGACGAUGGGAGUUGUUCAGCUCAAGGGCAACAGUACGAUCUGAAUUUGGACUGCGAGUUUAUUGAGAAUUGAAGCGUCUUUUUGUAUCUUCAUCUAGAAA